AUGGACGAGGACGAGGACGAGGACGAGGACGAGGACGAGGACAAGGACAAGAACGAGGACGAGGACGAGGACAAGGACAAGGACAAGGACAAGGACGAGGACGAGGACGAGGACGAGGACGAGGACGAGGACGAGGACGAGGACGAGGACGAGGACGAGGACGAGGACGAGGACGAGGACGAGGACGAGGACGAGGACGAGGACGAGGACGAGGACAAGGACGAGGACGAGGACGAGGACGAGGACGAGGACGAGGACAAGGACAAGGACAAGGACAAGGACGAGGACGAGGACGAGGACGAAGACGAGGACGAGGAGCGGCUUCACUUCCUCCCACGUCCUCCUCAUGCGCAAACAGCCUCCACAAGCCUGCUCCGGGUCCCCGGCCGUCGCCCGGCCCGGCCCGCUGCCGCCGGUGCCCGCCGGGUGACUCAGUUUCUGAACUAA